CGCAGUAUUUUCAUGUGACCCGGGGAAAAAUUGCGCACAGGUUACCACGAGGUGUUCCUAAUCACAUUCUCGUCACUGUAGCAUUCUGAAGCAAUUAUGGCCUGCCCGAGCCAUGGCCCAGCUUCUAGACUACGUCACUUUCUUGGUGCUGACUGGAACCGGCCUCGCAGUGGGGGCCUACUUUUCCAUUCACGCGAAUGGACAAGCUCCGAGAAGUACGCAUGAGGUCUUUCUAGGCAGCAAGUCACUGCGGAUGCUCCCCUUGGCGAUGUCCGUGCUGGCUACCGUCGGUUCAGCGACAGGCAUUAUUGGUCUCCCGGCGCAUAUGUACGCGUACGGUUGGCACAUUGGUUGGCUUUCCGUCUCAAACAUCAUCUUAAUUCCUCUUGGUGCCAGCGUCGUCAUGCCGGUUUUGUACAAGCUCAACAUCACUUCCGUCUUUCAGUACAUCCGAAUGCGUUAUGACAGGACCAUCGCUGUCAUCACAUCUCUUACUUAUAUCAUGCUGUCGCAAGCCGUCGGUGCAAUCGCUCUAUACGCAUCAGCAGAAGCAGCUUCUACGUUAUUGAACUUCCACGUUUCAUGGUGCUCCCUUGCGAUUGGACUGGCAGCCACUGCAUAUACAUCACUGGGCGGGAUACGUGGCGUCGUGUGGGCUGAUUGUCUUCAGGCGAUGCUCACGAUUUGUGUUCCGGUACUAAUUAUAGUAAAAGUGGCCACCAACACCACCAGCCACCUACGACCGCUUAGUGAAAUGGACAUACGCAGCUACUUGUUCAACAUUACCGUCGACUUCAGCACCAACGAAAACACAUGGGCAGUAAUAAUUGCAUCAUCCUCUAUGUUUCUGAACCGUAUCUGCUUUGACCAAGGUACUGUCCAGCGUUACCUGGCGUCCAGAACUCUUGAGGAGGCGAAAUUGACUCUUAUCGUUGGGACCCUCAUGACAUGCGCCUACUACGCCUUGUUAACAGGUGCCGCCAUAGCUCUCACCUGUAAGUAUAGCGGCUGCGAUCCCCACCUUCUUGGCUCUAUUGAGAGAAUUGACCAAUUGAUACCAUUUUUUAUAACACAAGAGUUAAGCGGAUCAGGCAUCUCAGGGAUUUUUUUGGCCGGCGUUGUGAGUGCAUCAAUAAGCACAGUGUCCUCAAUGGUGAACUCUCAAGCAGCACUAUGGUACUUUGACAUUAUCACUCCGCUCAUUCAGGUGACUAACAAACAUGUGGGCGUAACUCUCACUGGAACAGCAUUUGCAGUUGGCGUCGCCAUGACGGUUCUCAGCGUGGCUAUCCCUUACGCCGGCUCGGCUGUGACCAUAUUCAUCGCUGUCAAUGCGGCGAUCACAGGUCCUUUUGUGGGCCUCUUUCUACUUGCCAUCACCGUCCCUUUUGCCAGCUGCAAGGGAGCUGGCAUUGCGACUUUGCUUAUGGUCAUCUACCAGGUUUUCCACCUAACCUACAGCAUACAAGGCGGUAACCGGGAGCAGAGGAUGCCGGUCAGCCUCGACUACUGUCCCGAAAACAGCACUAACACUUCACGAAGUGUGAACAUCACCCUAAUCACCCCUUCACAAAGGCACGGAAGCAGCCUUUCGCCUCUCGACAUGUCUACAUUAUGGAGCAGUUUCUUCAGCACUGUGAUCACUUACUUGGGAGGAAUAUUGGCCAGCCUUCUAAUUGGUAGCAAGGAGGACCACAACUCUAAUUUGACAAGUCCCAUUUUGGUUCCACUAUGGCAGUGGCUACGCUGGAUGCCACCAAAGGUGCCGGAUUUAUCGCACUGCGUCGCAGAAACACGUGAACUAACUCAAGAAACUCAACUGGAUGAACAAGAGACGCCAGCCGCUGAAACCAUCUGCUGAAGUUCUUCAGCCAACAUCUGUCAAAUAAACGUUGUUCGUAAAUCUGA